CUUUGUCGUCAUUUCCGUUAUCCAUCUUUCCUGACUUCUUUUUUUACCAAACAAUGUGGCUUGCCAGUUUCGAUAAGCUGUACAGUUGUCGAAACGAUUCUGUUAUAAACAUUUCCCAGAGGCACUAGCACUACAUAUUCGUUUUUGUAUAACAGCAGUGAUUUUAUUUGAAGAACAAUGUCUAACACUGUUUCUUUCAGUACACAAAUAGCUGCAAUCAUGGAUGUGCUAUCAAAGGCAGCAGUUGCAGAAAUAACCAAACUUGUAGACGAGGGCACCGUCGUGCUACGGCUUGAAAUGUGUCGGAAAGAAAAUGAGAUAGAAGGGCUUCAAAAUAGUUUACAGCUGAUGGAAAGAGAAUUGAGGAAAGCUCAACGAGAAGCAGCAACACGAGUGACAAAUGACAGGCAACAUGCUGAGGAAAUCCAGGUUGGGAGUGGGACUCCACAAAAAGGUGAUGAAGAGAACCAAAAAGGCCAAACCAUGCCUGUAGAGGACCCAGUAGAGAGCUUCAAUGAGUUGCAGCGUUCUGGACACCUUGAAGAGGCGAGGGGUGGACUGGAGUUUCUGGUGAAAGCAGAGCAGGUGGAAGAACAUGUAGCCCAGGGAACCAUACAAGAUCCAGGAAUCACAGACAGUGUGGACUUUAGAAUGGACGAGAGAGAUAGUCAGCUGUGGUCCUCUGUUACACAAGGACUAAGUGGGAAUAAUUCUGGCCACCCAGAUGGGUCUUACUCUACAGGGAGAUGCUUACAGAUGUUCUCAUCUCAGGCAGAUCAAUAUCCCGCUCCCAUCCCAUCCCAUCCUUCCUGUAACUCUUUGUCCAUUGUAGGGAAACCACUGGAUGACAUAUUCAGCACUGUCCCACUGAAAGUAGAGCCUGAGAGGCAUCCUGUGUAUCAUGACGAUGCCAUGUCUGAGUCCAUACAUGUUGUGCAGGGGCAGUACAGAGAUACUUUGCAUCCUGUUGUGAGGGAGGGCUUGAUUUUACAUCCCAGAAUGCAGCAGCCAGGACCUUCUUCACAAGGGCUCUUGAGAGCAACUGAGAUUACAUCAGAGUCUCACUCACACAACCAAGAGCAUAUUCUUAAUAAGAACAGAUUGAAAACAAAGAGGUUGGUAAAUGUUUGGAGAGCUGUACCAAACCAAAAAGUGUUAAUCUGCUCAUUGUGUGGAAAGAGCUUCCACCGCCAUUGUCAACUUGAAGCACACCAACACUCUCAUGCUGGAGUCAAGCCAUACAGAUGUCUUGAGUGUGGGAAAAGUUUUACUCAGAAACAAAGACUUAAGUCACAUCAGAGUGUUCACACGGGUGAGAGACCUUUCAGUUGCAGACUCUGUGGCAAGAGGUUUGCAAGGCAGGACAACUGCCAAACACAUGAGCGAUUUCACAGUGGACAAAAGCCAUUUAGUUGUGUGCUGUGUGGUAAAAGUUUCACAGUUCUCUGUAACCUCAAACUACAUCAAAAACAUCAAUGUAAGUAAAUUUGCCAAUGUCAGAAUGUAUGAUUGCAUGUUCUGUGUUUUCCUCAGCAUUGUACACUUAAUGGCCUGUUAAUAUUGAUUGUUCAACUGUUCAACUGUACUGAGAUUAGCAGGAUUAGGUUUCCAAUCAAGUAUUUCAAGAUGUCAUCCAGUGAUGUAUAAGUACAGUAAAGUACACCACAAACUAAAGGGUAAAACAUU